CUUUGAAAAUCCAGAGCCAUUGUAGUUUGUAGGCCGAUAAUUAGGAACCUCCUUUCCGGUUCGCUCCAUCCCUUUCCUUUUUUUUUUUGUUUUUUUGUUUCUUCACCUCCCCCCAAUUACUCUCUUUCUUAAAUCGCACUCAAAAUAUAGAAUGUUUCCGUCACUUUCACUUUCAGCUAAAAGGGAUAUGAAUUUCUUGCGUGAAAGGUGAAACCCAAAUGCCUUUGCUCUUCGAAAUCUGCCAUUAAAGAACCCAAUUUCCGGGGUAAAAGUUAAACAUACUUUCAUUUGUUUUUCUCUUGAAACUUUGUUUUUCGCUCUGGGUUUCUUGUUCUUCUUUGCUGGCUUUGCUUUUGAUGCUUUGGUUAGGUGGCUUGAUUGGCUUCAUUUUGCUGCUUUCUUUUCUUUUCUCUUCUAAUCCGGCGUUUGAGACGGAUCAACUGGGGCUCUUUUGCAUAUCAAAAGGACGAAAUUAAGAUCAGAUGGACGAGCAAUGCGACUUUCGAGGCUGGGAUGAACUGAUCCCGGAUGCACUGGGGCAAAUUUUUAGCAACCUGUCCUUACAAGAGAUACUAACAGUCAUUCCCUGUGUCUGCAAAUCCUGGAGAGCGGUAGUGAUGGGUCCAUAUUGUUGGCAAGAAAUAGACAUUGAAGAAUGGAGCAAUGGAUGCCAACCGGACCAUCCAGGUCGGAUGCUUCAAAUGCUCAUCACUAGAAGCAGCGGAUCUCUUCGCAAGUUAUGUGUUUCCGGCCUUCAGAAUGAUACGAUUUUUUCGUUUGUCACAGAGAAUGCUGGUUCCCUUCGGUCUUUGCGACUGCCAAGAAGUGAAAUGAGUGAUUUAGUUGUUGAACAAACUGCUGGAAGGCUUUCCUCAAUCACUUGUUUGGAUUUGAGUUACUGUGGUAAAAUUGGUGCCCGCGCUUUAGAGGCCAUUGGAAAGCACUGUAAACUGCUGGUUAGUUUGUGCCGCAACAUGCACCCAUUGGAUGCAGCAGGCAAACUCUCACAGGAUGACGAGGCAAAUGCCAUAGCUGCUACUAUGCCUAGGCUCAAGCGCCUCGAGAUGGCUUAUCAUCUUAUCAGCACCGCAAGUGUUCUGAAAAUCCUAUCCGGCUGUCUCCAGCUCGAAUUUUUUGAUUUAAGAGGUUGCUGGGAUGUGAAACUCGAUGAUCAAUUCGUGAAGGAAAAGUUCCCGAAAUUGAAGGUUCUGGGACCUCUGGUCAUGGACUGCUAUGAGAUGGGUGAGUGGGAUGAUUGCUCGGACUUCUCCGACAGUUUCGAGUAUUUGGCCUGGGAGUUUGAAAUGGGCAACUAUGAUGAGGACGAUGACGAUGACGAUGACGACGACAUUUUUGAUGAAAUGUGGCAUGGUGAAGGAAUACUGAACGACUUUGAACUGAGAUUCUAUGACGGAAUCGGUGGUGAUGCCGGAAUGCUUGGUUGGCCACCAUCUCCAUAGGUUCUAGAUAUAUGGCAAUUCUAAAUGUGAAAAAUGAAACCAUGUAUUUCUAUGUUUGAAUGUGAAGUUAGAAUUUGUGUGAUUUGUUCCUCAUCAUCUGAAGAAUGCCUUUGUACAGUGUAGAAUUCAUGGAUUUUGUCUCCUGCUUAAAGAAGACUUUGGCAUGCUAAGAUGAAUGAGGAUCCUGCUGGGUUCAUAGGGGAGAUGGGGCCACUUGUUUAGGCAUAAAUGGCAGUUGAAGUCAAAGGUGAUUGUACGGGUGAAUCAAUUACUAUUGUAAGACAAUGAUCUCUGCCUUUGAGCCUACAUUCCAAGUAAGUGAUACUAAAUAGAAUUCUUUGGAAAAAA